AUGGUGAACCUUCCUAAAGCUCCAGUUCAUCCUCAGCCGAGGUAUUGUGUCCAAUUCCAGGGGCCGCACUUUGGGAAGGAAGUGAAGGCAUUAGAGAGGGUGCGGAAAGGACUCGAGAGACUGGUUCCAAGUAUAAGGAACUUCAGUUACGUGGAUGGGUUGGAGAAGCCGUGGGCUGUACUCGCUGAGCGGUUUCCGUCAUUCGCCUCGACUUCUGAGUCUCUUCCCUUCGGCUCCAUUCGGCGGCGGAGCGGAACCGAACGCCGUGGACGUGACGCCGACGAGCGGAUGAUUGACGGGCACCUGGACCAAUGGCGAUCGGGCUGCGGACCAGUCGAUCACAAAAGGGCUGUCGGGCGGGGGAAGGACCUGCAGGCGGGAGAACCCGAGCCCGAGGGGGGACCGAGGCUCGGUUCGCCCCGAGCGCCGUCGGCCCAGAAGGAGGAGGGGCGUUUUGUCGGCGGGGAGGGAAGGUUUCGGAAAAACGGCGCGUGGGAGAGCGCUCCAGGGCGCCGACGGCGGUGGGAGACUCAACCGCCGUCCCUGCUGGAAAUCCACCGGCGCACCCACACCGGGGAGAGGCCGUUCUCCUGCCCCGAGUGCGGGAAGGGAUUCACCACCGCCUGCAACCUCCUGACGCACCAGCGGGUCCACACGGGGGAGAGGCCUUUCGCCUGCCCCGAGUGCGGGAAGGGCUUCACCAAUUCCUCCAGCCUGCGGAAGCACCGGCGGGUCCACACCGGGGAGAGGCCGUUCGCCUGCACCGCCUGCGGGAAGCGGUUCAUCGACUCGUCCAACCUGCUGACACACCGGCGACGAAGUCAUACCGAGGAGAAGCCGUUCACCUGCUCCGAGUGCGGUAAGGGAUUCGGCGACUCCUCCUCCCUGCUGACCCACCGGCGCGUCCACACCGGGGAGAGGCCGUACGCCUGCUCCGUGUGCGGGAAGGGGUUCGGCGACUCGUCCACCCUGCGGAAGCAUCGGCGCGUCCACACCGGGGAGAGGCCCUUCGCCUGCUCCGACUGCGGGAAGCGAUUCACUCAGUCGACGCACCUCCUGACGCACCAGCGAGUUCACACCGGGGAGAGGCCCUUCACCUGCCCCUUGUGUGGUCAGAGAUUCACUCGGUCGUCUGGCCUACGGACACACCAGCGAGUUCACAAGUGA